AUGUAUCCCAAUCCUCUUAUCUACUGCACCUGCUGGGACCCCUGGAACUUGGGACCACGAAAGUUAAUCAAGACCCCUCGGCCACCAGGCAAGACCUCCAUAGGGAAGUCCAAGCUAACUCCUCUUGUCCCAGCUUCAAAAACACCCAGUUACUCCCCGCCACCAACAAAACCUCUUGUCCCAAAAGUGAAAAUCAAUUUGGGAAAACAAGAAGAGAGCACGAAAUUACCAGAUGAAGUGAUCAAUGUAUCACCUGGCUAUCGCCUCGUUCGGAACAGGGAGCAGAUUUCUGUCACCUUAGGGGAUGAGAUGUUCGACAGAAAAAAACAGUCAGAAUCAAAAGACAAAAGAGACUCUUCCAGGACUAACAUCGUUUCUGACCUAGAAGAGCAGAUCUCAGAGCUGACAGCAAUGAUAGAGCAAAUGAACAGAGACCACCAGUCUGCCCAAAAAUUGCUCUCCAGUGAAAUGGAAAUCCGGUGUGCUGAGAUGCAGCAGAACUUCGAAAACAAGAACAGGGAGCUUAAGGAGGCUCAUGCAACAGAGCUCAGUGAACUGGAACAAAACUACCAAGCAACCUUGAAGGCAGAGAGAUUGGCUGCCCAGGCGAAGCUGGAGGAGAUGGGAAAGGAAUACAAAUAUUUGAAGAAUAUGUUUCAUAUGUAUCAGGACAGCGUUUAUGAUGAAAUGGAAGAUAAGUGGUCGAAGCGGAAGGCAGAAUGGGAGAAGGAUGAGAAGUUGGAGCGGGAAAAGAUCCUGUUACAGCAGAAGCAUAGAAUAACAAAAAAGUUUCAGUUAGAGUCAGAAGAAGAAAAGAAGAAAAUAACUGAGUCUUACAGUGCUGUUUUUGAGAACUUCAACCGAGAGAAAGAGGAGUUCUUAAAACAACAUGAAAGUGACACCUUGAAAUUAGAAGAGCUGACAAAGACCCAAGAGAUCAUGAAGGAAGAGUUGCAUGCACAAGCUUUUAUCCUAGAAUCACUUAACACGACUCUCUACCAAACCCAGACGGAACUUCAGAGAGAAAAAGCUACAGUGUUGAAUCUAGAGAAAACACUCCAGGUCAAGCUUGCUGAAGCUGAGGAAAAGUAUAAGUACACCAUACAGACCCUGACUCAAGAAAACAUGCGACUAAGGCAAAAAAUAAUUGCCAAGAAUGAAGAAAUUUAUGAAGGGCGAUCUGGAAGGUCCAGCUCUAUUAUUGUUUUUGAAGAUUAUUCCGACAUUUUAGAAGAUGGUAACUAUUGCAACAAAAAACAAGAAUAA